AUGGCCAAAGCUGAGGCUGCAGCCGCUGAAGUCUUCCAAGAUGCAAAUAUUCACCUAGCCGAGACCUGGUAUUUUGUUAAUUUAUCUCCUACUCUCUUUUCAUGUCGAAAACUUACAAGUUUAAGAUUGUCUGGUGGAAUCAAUAUCGACGAAAUUCCGACGGAUACUCGAUUGUUCUUCCCAUGUCUUAAGACCCUCCAACUUAAAUCGAUUUCCAUUGUUGGCGGUAAUACGUUGAACAAGCUUCUCUCCGGCUGCCCUCGGUUUGAAACUUUUAAUAUUGAACGUUGCUAUGUUCUAUCUGACAUAUCCACACCCACGGUUAUGAUCGAUAAACUACACAUAAAAUACCAAAUUAAACCUAGUGGGAUACAUGAAGAUGGUGAUUCAAAUCGUGUAUCAUCCCUGGGCUUUGCAUUCAUUUCUGAUGAGACAACCCGUGAUUACAACGCUCAAGUCACCUUUGAUCUUUUGAACUCAAUCUCUGGUAUAGUACAGCAGAUGAUGUUAUUCACGAUCAGGAAUGAAAUUUACAAAAAUAAUUACGUGAAUGGACCGGUACUUUGGCCAAAUCUGGCGUAUCUUGUGGUUAAAGCUAGUAAUAAUUUGUAUGACGCUCAAGCUUUGUCUCUCUUAUUGGCACAUUCACCUAAUUUGAUCUCUUUAUUUCUCGAAAAGAGUACUCGACUUGAAUUUGUGAAAUACUUCUUGAAGAAUGCAUUGGUUUUGAAGAAGUUGCUCAAAGGACACUAUUUUCAUACCAAGAAAUUGAACGAGUAA